AUGGAAAAUUUCAAUGGUGAUACUUUGGAAUCUCAAGAAAAUGUACGAGUGUUUAUACGAAUUCGUCCACUUAGUAAAAAGGAAGUUGCAGAUGGAAAUGAAAAUAUUACAGUAUGUGAUUACAAAGAAAAUUUAAUUGCCUUGAAAAAGAAUGGAGAACAUUGCAAACCCUUCAAAUUCGAUCAUAUAUUUGGAACAACCACUGCUCAACUGGACAUGUAUAGAAUGAUUGCCUUCCCUAUUGUAGAAAAAGCACUAGAAGGUUACAAUGGCACAAUAUUUGCUUAUGGACAAACAGGCACUGGCAAAACCUACACUAUGGCUGGUAACCAUUUGGUUCCAGAACUGAAAGGCAUAAUUCCCAACACAUUCUCUCACAUAUUCAGUCAAAUCUCUAGAGCUAGUGGUGAAAAAUCCUUUGUGGUGAAAGUAACUUAUUUGGAGAUUUAUAAUGAAGAUGUAAGAGACUUGUUAUCAGGAGAUCCGAACAAAAAACUAGCCAUUAGAGAAAGGAAAGAUAUUGGUGUAUAUGUCAAGGAUCUCAUGGGCUUCACUGUGGAUUCUAUAGAAUCUAUAACAGAGUUGUUGAAUAGAGGGAACAAAAACAGAGUAACCAAAUCCACAUUGAUGAAUGAUAUUAGUAGCAGAUCUCAUGCAAUAUUCACUGUUACAAUUGAGUCAAAAAAUAGAUUAGAUAAUAAAACAACAGUAGGGAAGCUGAACCUUGUUGAUCUAGCUGGAUCUGAGAGAGCCAGUAGAACCCAAGCUACUGGUGAGAGGCUCAGAGAAGCUAGCAAUAUCAACCUGUCUUUGUCUGUACUGGGAAAUGUCAUUUCAGCACUUGUGGAUGGCAAAAGUACUCACAUACCCUAUAGAAAUUCAAAAUUGACCAGGUUGCUCCAAGAUUCCCUAGGAGGAAAUUCAAAAACUGCCAUGAUUGCUAUGGUGAGUCCAGCUGAUAUAGAUUUUGAAGAAAGUAUGUGUACUUUACGUUAUGCUGCUAGAGUGAAGUAUAUUAAGAACUGUGUGAAGAUCAAUGUUGAAGAAAAAGGUCUUAUUGAAGGAUUUGAGCUAGAAAUUGCUGAAUUACAACAAAAACUCACUGAGUUGUCUGUGCUAGAACAGAAGAAAGAACAGAAAAAAAGGGAAAGAGCUGUAAGUGCUGUAGAGAAGGAAAAAUUGAAGCAAACAGCUAUAGAAAUAGAAAUAACUGAGAGAAAGAAGUUAGAACUAGAAGAGAAAAUGGCCCUCAUUCAGAAGAAAAUCCUAGUUGGGGGAGAAAAUCUACUGGAAAAAGCUCAGCAACAAAUGUUUUCCUUGGAAUCAUCUGCAGCUGAACUGGAAGAUCUAGAUAGAAGUCACCAACAAUUAGAAGAGCAAUUGAACAAAAAAGCUGUAGAAAAAAUUGAUGUUGAAGAACAGUACUCUUCUCUCCAAGAAGAAGAUGCAGGUCUCUCCAAAAAGCUGAAGAAAAUCCAGAUGUUUAUCAAGGAAGCCAAAGAAGAUCAUUCUGAUAAAGAACGUGAAUACCAACGAGAUUUAGAAGCACUUUUUGACAAUAACAAACUGCUUGUUAGAGAAACACAACUUGCUAAUCUUAUAAUUGAUAACUAUGUUCCACAGGAAUAUUUGAAAAAAAUUCUGUCCCAUUUGAUGUGGAACAAUGAUACCCAAGAGUACCAAAUGCGUGGUGUAGCUUACACUGGCAACAACAUGAGGAAACGUCAAACUGCCAGUGCAGAGGCAUUUUCACCAGUUUGUUUUGAAAUGAAGCAGGUCUACCACAAGUACCCUGAAAAAAAAAGAGAGAAGCCUAAAAGGUCCAUGCUAAAGAGCUUCUCGGCUGUACCAAAAACACGUUAG